AAAAGGACAAAAACAUACAGCACAGGGGAUUCCCCAGUCGUCACCGACCUGAGUACUAAUCCUGCGAUCAGUAGCUUAUCUAAGGGAGAGCGGACGGGAUCCCGAGCUUUCUACUGUCUAUGGCCGUAUGUGACAGCUGCGACCUUGCGCAGCCUCUUUGAAGGACGAUCCGGAGUGAGUUGCAGCGAUGGAAAGGGGCAACGCCCAACAGCCGCCGACAACCACACUCGCCCAAGGUGUGACUGCCGUAUUUUACCUGAGUUUCUGAUGCUCACACCACCCAACCCGGGUUUAAUCAGGCAUCAUAGCAACACUACAGCGUUACUGUGGUGUGAUGGGUAA